ACCACAAAACAAUCUUGAUUCUCUCUCUCAUAAAUCUCAUUCUUCUUCUCCAAUAGUGGAACACAAGACAAGUAGCGGCGACCAAAGACUCUUUCUUCGAUGGAAGAUCUUAACCAACCGCUUCUACAACAAGCGUCGCGAGAACCACAAGAUCUUGAGCAUGAUCAAGAUCAAGAAAGUAAAUUACAAGAUUAUUAUAACGUCGACCGUACAUCGAGAGUCUGCUCUGAAUCCAAGAAGCUAUGGCUCAUCGUCGGUCCCGCCAUCUUCAGCCGCAUUGCCGCCUUUUCCAUGAACGUCAUCACGCAAUCCUUCGCCGGCCACCUUGGCGACGUCGAGCUCGCUUCCAUUUCCAUCGCCAACACCGUCAUUGUUGGCUUCAAUUUUGGUCUUUUGUUAGGGAUGGCGAGUGCAUUAGAGACACUGUGCGGACAGGCUUUUGGAGCAAAGAGGUACGACAUGUUAGGAAUUUACAUGCAAAGAUCAUGGAUUGUCCUCUUCAUGUGCUGCUUCUUGUUGCUGCCCUUCUACAUCUUCACGGGGCCAAUUCUUAAGCUCCUCGGCCAGCCCGACGAGGUCGCGGAGCAGUCGGGUUUGGUGGCGCUGUGGAUGAUCCCUCUGCACUUCAGCUUCGCCUUUCAGUUUCCGCUACAGAGAUUCCUCCAGUGCCAGCUCAAGAACCACGUUAUUGCUUGGGUUUCCCUUGUUGGCUUGGCGGCUAAUGUGGUCACGAGUUGGCUUUUUGUUUACGUCUUGGACUUCGGCGUUGUUGGGGCCGCCAUUGCUUUGGACAUUUCUUGGUGGGUCUUGGUUUUUGGGUUGUUUGGUUAUGCUGCCUUGGGUGGGUGUCCCCUCACUUGGACUGGUUUCUCCAUUCAGGCCUUUUUCGGCCUCUGGGAGUUCUUCAAACUAUCUGCCGCUUCAGGACUCAUGCUUUGCUUGGAGAACUGGUACUAUAGGAUAUUGAUUUUGAUGACUGGGCAUUUGAAGAAUGCAACAGUGGCUGUGGAUGCAUUAUCAAUCUGCAUGACUAUUAAUGGUUGGGAGAUGAUGAUUCCUCUCGCAUUCUUUGCUGGUACCGGAGUUAGGGUAGCAAACGAGCUAGGUGCCGGAAAUGGCAGGGCUGCUAAAUUUGCCACCAUAGUGUCGGUGGUGCAAUCUACUAUGAUUGGUCUCGUCUUCUGCGUUCUCAUCGUCGUAUUCCAUGACAAGAUUGCGUACAUUUUCUCCUCCAGCACCGACGUCCUGCGUGCAGUUGAUGAAUUCUCGUCCCUCUUAGCCGUGUCAAUUCUGCUCAACAGUGUUCAGCCUGUUUUAUCCGGAGUAGCUGUUGGAUCCGGAUGGCAAGCAAUGGUUGCCUACGUAAACCUUGCUUGCUACUACAUUAUUGGUCUCCCACUUGGAUUUCUGAUGGGAUGGUUCUUCCAUAUGGGUGUCAUGGGUAUAUGGGGUGGUAUGAUCUUUGGAGGAACUGCAAUUCAGACGAUGAUAUUGGCUAUCAUAACAAUACGAUGCAAUUGGGAAGAAGAGGCUGAGAGAGCAAGCAUACGUGUUAAAAGGUAGUCAACCACUAUUAAUCUAGAUCAUAAACAAUUAGGA